AUGAGCGACACCCUCAUGAAAACUGUUGUUCAGCUGGUAAAGUUGUGUGGGCGGCAUUUGGAUUCAUCAAACGUGACGGAGCCGCAGAUGAACCAACUCCUAACGAAGAUGAUAGCGUUUGCGAAAGGGCAUCCACAGCUUAGCGAAAUGGUCAAAACCCAAAUCAUGAGUGUGGUUGAAAUGCGGAGAAACGCUUGGGGAGUGAAUACUCGUACAAGCGGAAAUUCCGAAGCGGUUCCAUCAUCUUCUUCCCGGACUGUUCCACAUGUCGAUAGCGGUGUAAUCAUUGGUGAAGAUGGUGCAGCUCUGGAAUUGAACGAAGAAGAACGAUCAUUCCUGGAAUCACAGUUCAAUGCAAUGGACGGUGUGUUUUGA